CAAGGAAGAAGUAUUAGAAACUCUCUUUACUUCUAGUACGCAUGGAAGGAUAUGAAUGAAAUAAUCUGCGUUGACAAUUUGCGCGUCAAAAUCUCUCAUAGCAAUAUAAAUACCUCAUCCUAUGUAAACCUUCUGCUCCACAGAAAACCAAACAUUACUUGAAUAUUCAUUGUCAAAGGUUGUUUUUGUGAGAUAGAAAGAAGAGAGGAAGAGCAAGUUAAGCAAUCAAUCAUAUCAAGGAAGCAAUUAUGGAAGGUUUGAUCCCAUAUCUUAUUCAUGCAAUCAAGAAGCAAAAGCCUCAUCACCACAACUACAGGAGCUACUCUCAUUCUGAAAGCUCAAACCGCAGCUACCACAUGCUAUUGGCGUCUGAAUCCUUCACAGGAUCUUCUCACAGAAGAACAAGGUCUGAUUUUCAGCCCCCCACAAGUGAGUUCUUAGAGCAGAGAUAUGGUGUUGAUGGAUUCUUGGUCAGCCCCAGAGCCCAAGUUACUACUGCUGCUCCUCCUGCCACUGUCAAUGUUAAUGCUGCCCAACGCUCUAACAAUAUCACCAACAUGCGCAAUCGCAAGUGAUAUAUAUCUUCAACAUCAUAGGGGAUGGUCAACUUUUCUUUUAAUUUUUUGGACCCUUAGAUAUUUAUUAUAUGUCUCUUCUAAGGUUUGAUUCAUUUGUUUAAGAUGACGGUUGAUGGGUGAUUACCAAUUGUAAUCUUAUUGUGUAUACUUCUAAUCUCUAGGGGAUCAAUUGUAAUGAAUGCUAGAUAUGGUAUGCUUUCAAUGAAUGUUAUAUAAAAUUUGUAGACAAACAAUUCUCUUCCCCUCUGUCACAGCCCAAUAUUGAGUAAUCAGUACAAAGUGCUUACCCAAAA